UCAAAUUGGCGUAAGCCAUCUUAAGGAAAGUAACUCUAAGUUUAACGCAUGUAUUUUACCCACAGUCAUCUGCAACAUUUGGAUUGAAAAAUUUCACAACUAAAUGGUUGUAGGAAGAUUAUAUCUUGCGGACAAUAAUCCGUACUGUUAGAGUCAGAAAAUUUCACGGUUAUAUGGUUAUGGCCGCAUAGAGUAAACACAUCUACCCUUAAUCCCUUCUAGUACUUCACCUAAACCCACGAAGGCCUACCAUCAGCUUUGGAUAUUUUCUUUUUCCAGUUUUUGAAUUCUAGGGAAUGACUAUGACUAAGAUAUAAAUGCUGUCCCAGUGACCGGGCCGCAUCUGAAUUUUUCUUCGGUGCCGCAUGUUUUUUCCUGUCUACUUAUUCCAGUCUUUUGCAUCAAAAUUUCCAAGUCAUUUGGCGUGUUUAACAAAUAGAAGAACUAGAUAUAUAGUGAAGGUGUAUUACUAAGGGACAUAUACCCCUUGGUUUUACUAACAAGUAAAUCUCUCCUAGUGUUUGCUAUUAUUGUUUCUGAGUUUCUAUCGGAAAUUUUGGCAUGGCACGUGUCUAUCUCUUAGUAUUCGUUUUUCUGUGUCAUCUUGGACUUCACUCUGCUGAUCAAGAAAUGAAGCACCAUCCAAAUUGUCCACCUUUUCCUUGUGGGAAGCUUGGUGAGAUUAAGUUCCCCUUCACUAAUUCCAAACGUCCUCCACACUGUGGUUUGUUAACGGUAGAGGGUUGUGACAAUGGUGUUCAGAAGAUAAAAUUGGAGAGAGGAGGAAGAUGGUAUGAAAUUAGCAGUAUCUCUCAGGCAGAAGCCAUUUCUAUUGAUGAUAAAAUGUUCUCAGAGCUUUUGAAUUCUCGUAAUUGUAGAGCCUUCAAAUAUCUAAAUCUUCCUAACCUUCCUUAUCUAUCUUUUCAAAUUAGUCAAAACCUAACCUUAUUCGAAUGCAACAACAAGCUUAGUGAUCAUCCUUCCCUGUUGGAGUAUUCAGGCUGCAAUAACUCAAGUAUAUAUUAUACUGAACGAGAAAUUUUGCCAAGUCUUCCACCUCAGUGUUCACUUAUUCAGCUUCCCCGGACUCAAAAUGGUCAGGAUGACAUAUUUACUCAGUUAACUGCCAACUUCUCACUUGAAGUGCAUGUACAUUGGGCUUGCAGGAGGUGUUAUUAUAGAGGAGGAGACUGUCAGGUGAACAGCAAGCAAAAGUUUUAUUGUGCUAAUGCAGAAGAAGGAAAUAACAAAUUCAGAUUGAAGUUUGGAUUGGGAGCAGGUGCAGGCAUCGGAUUACUAGUAAUUUUGUCUCUUUAUUUUUUCCUCAGUUACCGUAAAAGAAAACCUGCUCCCUCUAACUUCCUGUCAAAAAAUUCCUAUUCUGUUCCCUCCUCAAAAUCAGAUCUAGAAUUGGGCGGCGCCUACUUUGGUGUCCCACUCUUCUCGUACACUGAACUUGAAGAAGCCACUAGUAAUUUUGACAGCAGAAAAGAGCUUGGAGAUGGAGGUUUUGGAACUGUGUAUUACGGUAAGCUCCGAGAUGGACGAGAGGUUGCAGUCAAGCGCUUGUAUGAGCAUAAUUACAGAAGGGUUGCACAGUUCAUGAAUGAAAUUGAAAUCCUUACACGCCUACGCCACAAAAAUCUUGUCACUCUUUAUGGAUGCACUUCUCGCCGCAGCCACGAUCUCCUCCUUGUAUAUGAAUACGUUCCCAAUGGUACGGUGGCUGAUCAUCUCCAUGGUGAUCGGGCAAAGUCCAGUCCACUGACAUGGCCUAUUCGAAUGAGCAUUGCAAUAGAAACAGCUAGCGCUUUGGUUUACCUACACGCUUCGGAUAUCAUACAUCGUGACGUCAAAACCACCAACAUUCUCCUUGACAACAAUUUCUGCGUGAAAGUUGCUGAUUUUGGUCUCUCAAGAUUGUUCCCUAAUGAUGUCACCCAUGUCUCAACUGCACCGCAAGGGACGCCAGGUUAUGUUGAUCCAGAGUAUCACCAAUGCUACCAGCUUACUGAUAAGAGUGAUGUCUAUAGUUUUGGAGUUGUGUUGAUUGAGCUGAUAUCAUCAAUGCCUGCUGUUGAUAUUAAUAGGCAUCGACAUGAGAUUAAUCUAGCUAACUUGGCGGUAAACAGGAUUCAAAAAUGUGAAUUUGAUGAGUUGAUUGAUCCAUCUUUUGGGUAUAAUUCUGAUGAAGAAGUUAAAACAAUGACAAUUACAGUGGCAGAGUUGGCAUUUCGAUGCUUGCAACAGGACAAGGAAAUGAGACCCACCAUGGAUGAAGUGUUGGAGGAAUUAAAGAGAAUUGAAAGUGCAGAAUUCAUGGAGAAUCCAGAGGAGAUUCAUGAUGAUAACAAGCCAUUGAGUGGUAUGCUGCCACCAUCUUCACCACCAGAUUGCGACGAUGCUUCGCUAUUGAAAAAUAUCCGAUCGCUGCCUUCACCAGAUACGGUAACUGCUAAAUGGGCUAGUAGUUGUUCCACUACACCUAAUGUUAGUGGUAAGAUUUUUUCCGUUUCUGCUGCUUAAUUUUCUAGGUGGGUGAUGACUGAUGAGGGCAUGAUCAACAUUCUAUUAGACGGAAACGAGUGGCAUAAUUGCUUCUGAUUUUACUUCCAUUUUGUUCUUCAUAGAGAUAAAUUGAAGGCACAGAAUCUGUAGGUAAAUUUGUAAGGGAGUGUAUAUAGUAAAUGAAGUAAGGAACUAGUUUAUACCAAUGUCCAUAUUCUGAAUCCCAUAUGAUAAACUCUUGCCUUCUUUUGCUCUUUGCAAUCUUUGGUUGUGAUUAGGAACUCAAAAGUUUUAUAAACAGCAGGACAAUCUUGAUAUGUACGUGUAACAAUGAAGAAAUGUAAUUGAAGUGAAUUUAUCUCUGAUCAUAUAUAA